UGUCCUGAGCGAAGCGACGCCAUGAGGACAGUGGUUCUGCUGUGCGCCGCCGCGGCGCUGCUGUCGCUACCGGCGCAAGUGAACUCUGGUAUCAUACGGCUGUGCACCCCGAACGAGGUCAGCUGGAAGGAGUGCAACACCUGUCAGUGUGACCAGUUUGGGUCGUUUCAGUCUUGCACACAGAGGCGGUGCCGGGAACUCCAUCGACUCCGCAGAGAUACGCUGUGUCCACCGGGGCAGACUUUCCAGAGCGGCUGUGACAUUUGCCACUGUGCGGACGAUGGGAGCACCAUCUGGUGUACCAACGAUGGCUGUUCUGGGAAAGACUACAUGCAGAACGUGGACCAGGUGCAACACCAGUACCAACAAGUCGGCAGCCUGGUACCAGGGCACAAAUUCGCGGGUGAUAAGUUCUCUGAAAUAGGAGAUCUUUUGCGGCCGUACCAACACCAUCAACGUUCAAAUGCGUACAGCUUGCCAGCAUGGUAUAGAGAUGUCCUGAAAGACAGGCAAGAGAUGUGGCAGCAGAUGCAGCAUAACCAGAUGCCCGCGUUUGACCAGUCUGGGCAGCUGUACCAGCAGGACUACGAUUACGACCUGGACGACAGCCAGCAGCAGCAGCACCACGACCCCAGUGCAGACUUCGAUCAGGCGGUACAGCAGAUUCAUCAAUACGGAGAUCCUCAGUCUGGUAAACUGGUAAACGAUCAACAAGAAUCUGAAGAAGGUCUUCAGGUGUAUCAGCAAAGUGAGACAUCAGAUGCAGAUCAAAUUGCACAGCAAUCACUACAAAAUCAAUAUUCUGGACAGGUUAAUUGGCAUCCACAGCAAGACCAGAUUUCAGAUACAGGAGACGUCGUGCAACAACAUCAACAGAAAGAUACACCAAACAAAAACCAAGACCUUCAACAGACACAGCAAGAAUUAGAUUCUGAUAACGAACUAAUCAGUCAACAUUCACAGCAAGAUCAAUCUUCCGAUUCUGGAGACAAUCUGCAACAGUAUCAAGAGACCGAUGCAUCAAACAGAGACCUACAACAGACGCAGCAAGAACAAAAUUCUGAUAAUGAACAAAUCAGUCAGGAUUCACAGCAGGAUCAAUCUUCCGAAUCUGGAGACAAUCUGCAACAGUAUCAACAGACCGAUGCAUCAAACGGAGACCUACAACAGAUACAGCAAGAAUUAGAUUCUGAUUCUGAACAACUCAGUCAGCUUACACAGCAAGAUCAAUCUUCCGAUUCUGGAGACGAUUUGCAACAGUAUCAACAGACCGAUACAUCAAAUGGAGACCUACAGCAGACGCAGCAAGAACAAAAUUCUGGUAAUGAACAAAUCAGUCAGCAUUCACAGCAGGAUCAAUCUUCCAAUUCUGGAGACAAUCUGCAACAGUAUCAACAGACCGAUGCAUCAAACGGAGACCUACAACAGAUACAGCAAGAAUUAGAUUCUGAUUCUGAACAACUCAGUCAGCAUACACAACAAGAUCAAUCUUCCGAUUCUGGAGACGAUUUGCAACAGUAUCAACAGAACGAUACAUCAAAUGGAGACCUACAGCAGACGCAGCAAGAACAAAAUUCUGAUAAUGAACAAAUCAGUCAGGAUUCACAGCAGGAUCAAUCUUCCAAUUCUGGAGACAAUCUGCAACAGUAUCAACAGACCGAUGCAUCAAACGGAGACCUACAACAGAUACAGCAAGAAUUAGAUUCUGAUUCUGAACAACUCAGUCAGCAUACACAGCAAGAUCGAUCUUCCGAUUCUGGAGACGAUUUGCAACAGUAUCAACAGAACGAUACAUCAAAUGGAGACCUACAGCAGACGCAGCAAGAACAAAAUUCUGAUAAUGAACAAAUCAGUCAGGAUUCACAGCAGGAUCAAUCUUCCGAAUCUGGAGACAAUCUGCAACAGUAUCAACAGAACGAUGCAUCAAACGGAGACCUACAACAGAUACAGCAAGAAUUAGAUUCUGAUUCUGAACAACUCAGUCAGCAUACACAGCAAGAUCAAUCUUCCGAUUCUGGAGACGAUUUGCAACAGUAUCAACAGAACGAUACAUCAAAUGGAGACCUACAGCAGACGCAGCAAGAACAAAAUUCUGAUAAUGAACAAAUCAGUCAGGACUCACAGCAGGAUCAAUCUUCCGAAUCUGGAGACAAUCUGCAACAGUAUCAACAGAACGAUGCAUCAAACGGAGACCUACAACAGAUACAGCAAGAAUUAGAUUCUGAUUCUGAACAACUCAGUCAGCAUACACAGCAAGAUCAAUCUUCCGAUUCUGGAGACGAUUUGCAACAGUAUCAACAGAACGAUACAUCAAAUGGAGACCUACAGCAGACGCAGCAAGAACAAAAUUCUGAUAAUGAACAAAUCAGUCAGGAUUCACAGCAGGAUCAAUCUUCCGAAUCUGGAGACAAUCUGCAACAGUAUCAACAGAACGAAGCAUCAAACGGAGACCUACAACAGAUACAGCAAGAAUUAGAUUCUGAUUCUGAACAACUCAGUCAGCAUACACAGCAAGAUCGAUCUUCCGAUUCUGGAGACGAUUUGCAACAGUAUCAACAGAACGAUACAUCAAAUGGAGACCUACAGCAGACGCAGCAAGAACAAAAUUCUGAUAAUGAACAAAUCAGUCAGCAUUCACAGCAGGAUCAAUCUUCCGAAUCUGGAGACGAUUUGCAACAGUAUCAACAGAACGAUGCAUCAAACGGAGACCUACAACAGAUACAGCAAGAAUUAGAUUCUGAUUCUGAACAACUCAGUCAGCAUACACAGCAGGAUCAGUCUUCCGAUUCUGGAGACAAUCUGCAACAGUAUCAACAGACGGAUGCAUCAAAUGGGGACCUACAACAGAUACAGCAAGAAUUAGAUUCUGAUAGUGAACAAAUCAGUCAGCAUUCACAGCAGGAUCAAUCUUCCGAUUCUGGAGACAAUCUGCAACAGUAUAAAGAGACCGAUACAUCAGUAGGAGACCAAGUCCUACAACAGACACAGCAGGAAUUAGAUUCUGAUUCGCAACUAAGUCAGCAUAUACAACAAGAUCAAUUUUCAGACUCUGGGGAAAAUCUACAGCAAUAUCAACAAAGUGGUACACUCAACGAAGAACAAGAUUUACAACAAACACAGAAAAAAUCUGAUUCUGAUUUUGAGCUUAGCCAGCAUACGCAACAAGAGCAGUCUUCAGAUUCCGGAGAAAAUCUGCAACAAUAUCAACAGGGCGAAGAUCAAAUUCUGCAACAGACGCAGCAAGAGUCAGAUUCUGAUUCUGAACUUAUCCAGAACACACACCAAGAGCAGUCUUUAGAUUCUGGAGAUGAUCUGCAACAAUAUCAACUCGGCGAAACCCAAAACAACGAUCAAAUUCAACAGCAGAACCAGCAACAUGUUGACUCAGAUUUUGAACACAUCAGUUUGUAUCCCCAGAAACAAGAUCAAUCUUAUUCUAGCGAUGACCAGCAGCAGCACCAGCAGAGCAAUAUCUUCGACUCAGGCGAGUUAGAACAGCAAGCACACCAAGACGAUACCGAAGGCAAUAUUCACGAUCGGUAUCAGCAGCAUCAAGAACCUGGAUCAGAACAGAUUGUACAGCAAUAUGAGAAGGAACAGUUUCCCAUCAGUAAUCAGGACUCGCAGCAAUAUCAGCAAAGCCACUUUGGGAACGAUGCGGACGUUUACCAGCAGUCCCAUGAGCCAGACGAAUUCCUUGAAGGCUAUCAGUACGAUCAAAAUAAUCGCUUGCAUAAAAUAGACCAACAGCAGCAUGAGGCUAUAUUCUAAUAGCACGCAUCAAUAACGUGAGAGACUUCUAUCUGUAUCAUCCGUCGGCUGCAGACAAUAAACGGAAUCAGUUUACUGAGAUCCGUGAAAAAGUCCUAAAAAGGGUUUUCGUUCUAUCACAAGACCAUGUGAAACUUCGUUUACGUAAUAGGUGUCUCAACAUAGUGUCCCCGUUACACAACUUGCUUAUGAACGCCCAAAUAGUGUUUUCUGAUGCUACGAACAUUACAUUCGAAAAAUCGAAAAUUGUGUAUUUUUUUAAAAUAAAUGUGAUAAAUGGGAAAAAAAUUUGAUGGACCGAUA